AUGGGUCAUGAAUGUAACGAUGCAUCGAAGGAGUUCACAUGGAAUGACGAUGUCGAAACUAAAAGUGAAGUGACUGAGAUUGUUCUUGUCCGCCAUGGAGAAACCACUUGGAAUGCAGCCGGAAGAAUCCAGGGACAAAUGGAAUCAGAGCUUAACGAAGUUGGAAAAAAGCAGGCCGUUGCAAUCGCUGAGAGAUUGGGAAAAGAGGAGAGACCUAUAGCUGUGUAUUCAUCAGACCUCAAGCGAGCCAAAGACACUGCUCUGAUGAUCGCAGAAACUUGCUUUUGUUCCGAGGUGACCGAAGUAGCUGCGUUAAAGGAGAGGCAUGUGGGUAGCCUUCAAGGGCUGUAUUGGAAAGAAGGAGCAGAGAAAGAACCUGAAGCUUACUCUGCUUUUUUUUCUUCCCAAAACGACCUCGAGAUUCCUGGAGGGGGAGAGAGCUUUGACCAACUUUGUGAUAGAUCCAUGAAUGCUCUGGAGCAUAUUGCAAAGAAGCACAAAGGAGAGAGAGUGAUAGUGGUGACUCAUGGAGGAGUGUUGAGGGCAAUUUACUUGAGAAUCACGCAAGCUGCCUCUGCCGGGAAACUCCUUAAUGCCUCGGUUAAUGUGGUUCACUUCCGUGACGAGAAAUGGAGCAUCGAUUCGUGGAGUGAUGUUUCGCACCUCUCAUCCGUUGGAUUUCUCCAGCGUGGCUUUGAUGGAGACUCCAAGCCCUAG